CUAGCGCCCAAAAAGAAGGAAGUCCAGAAGUUGUCGCUGGGCGAAUUUAUGAAUGAUGCUUCGUACGGAGGAAGUUCGUGGGCCGAUGAAGUUGAGGAUACCAUUGGCACUCAACCUCUCCCUGCGGGCGGCCGUGGCUAUGGAGGCUCCUCCUCGUAUAACGCAAACACACAAGGCUAUUCCUCCAUUCGCGACAACCUCCCUCAGACACUUCCCGACAAGCCACCAUAUACGGCUCAUCUCGGCAAUCUGUCCUACGACGCCACCGUCGAGAGCGUCAGCGACUUCUUCUCUGGAUGCAAGAUUCUUAAUGUCCGAAUUAUUGAAGACCGCGAGCAGAACCGGCCAAAGGGAUUCGCAUAUGCCGAGUUCGAGGACCUCGAGGGCCUCAAAGAGGCGCUGACCCGCGAUGGCGUAUCAUUCGAAGGACGAAGCAUCAGAGUUAAGAUUGCUGAUCCGCGUAAGUCUGGAGGUGGUGAGUCGACGCGCGAUUUCAGUGAUUGGUCACGCAAGGGUCCUCUUGCAGACCUACCUGGCCGCGGCGGCGACCGCGGCGGCGACCGACGGGGUCCGUCCGAUUUCGGAGAGCGGAGAGCCCCCCGCGAGUUCUCAGGAGCCGAUGAUGGCAAGGUCCGAGACUUUGGAAACUGGGAGAGACGCGGGCCGCUUUCACCUCUGUCGCCUCAGGCUGAGCGCCGCCCCGAGUCUCGGGAUGGUUCUCGUCCCCGCACCAACGAUGGCGCCCGUUCCGAGUCGGUUCGUGGUCCUAGAGGAGCUUCGCCCGCCGCAUGGGGCCCAGGCGAAGGCCGCCCAGCGACGACGUCAACCUCGCGCCCGCCUCGCCGCGAAUUUGCUGACCGCCCCGACCGCCCUGAGCGUGUUCCCACGGCUGCUGAGAAGGACUCGCAGUGGCGUAGCAACAUGCGUCCCGAUUUGACGGCCAAAUCUCCCGUCCAGUCUCGCGAGGGUAGUGAAGCCCCUCCCUCUCCCGCCGGCCACCCGGCCAUUUUGCCUGUGUCGAGGCCCAAGUUAAAUCUCACCAAACGGACUGUUUCAGAGACGCCUGCAGUGCCCUCCCCGGUCGCGCCAGCCGCAGAAGCCAAGGAUUCCAAGGCUAGCCCAUUCGGUGCUGCCCGUCCUAUCGACACAGCAACACGGGAGCGGGAAAUUGAGGAGAAGCGCAUCCAGGCGAUCAAAGACAAGAAGGAUGCUGAUGAAAAGGCAAAGGAAGAUAAACGCAUCGCUAAAGAGAAUGCUAUCAAGGAAGCUGCCGCCAAGGAAGCUGCUGCUGCGGAAGCCGCCGCCGAAGAGGCUGCUGCCAAGGAGACUGCCGACAAGGCUGCUGCCGAGAAGGCCGCUACAGAAGAAGCUGCCGAAGCCGAGGCGGCCGCCGCAAAGGCCAACAAUGAAGCGGCAACCGACGCAACCGCCACGCCGGCUGAGCCGACUGACGAAAAGGCAGCGCGAGAAACGGCUGCGAUUGCCAAGUCUCGAGCUACAGAAAGCGGAAACUGGAGGUCAGCCUCUGGAGAUCAGCGAGCACCAGCUCGUGGUGCCCAUGCCCCUGGUGCCCCCCGUCGCGGUGGCGGCCCUCCUCGUGGGCCCCGCAGUGAUGCCGGACGGCCGCCGCGAGCAAACGGCAGCGGCCCGGCCCUCGCCCCUGUCCCCCAACAGCAACCGGCUCAGGCUGCUACCGGUACCACCGGCGACCAGAGCCCAUCGACAUCAACCGUCGACGAGGAUGGCUGGACCACCGUCCCCAACAAAGCCCGGCGCGGCCGUAUGUAA